GAGGUCUCAUUCGUCGGUUUGGGAGGAGUUGCUGUUGACCGCCAUUGUUACAACUCCGUCGCGCAUAUCUCGGGGGGAACGUGAUUAAUAAUUUUUCGCGAUUUGUCAUUCGCGGAUUGCCGUAGUCGUCGCGCAUCCGGACACCGAGACAACCGUUUUUUUUCCCCUCGUCGUAAUUGUAAUUUCGGAAACCCAAAGGAUCCCGGAGAGAGCGUCCACAUUAUCACCAGCCAGCUCGUCACUCGCCGUAGCAUGUCCACGAUGAAUCCCGAAUACGAUUAUCUGUUCAAGUUGCUCUUAAUCGGAGAUUCCGGCGUGGGCAAGUCGUGUCUUCUGCUACGUUUCGCCGAUGACACAUACACGGAAAGUUACAUCAGCACCAUCGGUGUGGAUUUUAAGAUUCGUACCAUUGAUCUCGAUGGGAAAACGAUAAAACUUCAAAUCUGGGACACGGCGGGUCAGGAACGGUUCAGGACAAUUACGAGUUCUUAUUACCGGGGUGCGCACGGUAUUAUUGUUGUUUACGACUGUACGGAUCAGGAGACCUUCAACAACGUCAAACAGUGGUUGGAGGAAAUUGAUCGUUACGCCUGUGAUAACGUCAACAAGCUGCUAGUGGGCAAUAAAUGUGAUUUACACACUAAAAAAGUAGUCGAUUACACAACAGCCAAGGAAUACGCCGAUCAACUGGGCAUACCGUUUUUGGAAACAUCAGCGAAGAACGCGAUGAACGUAGAGCAAGCGUUUAUGACCAUGGCUGCCGAGAUCAAGCUUAGAGUAGGUCCACCCUCGAGCGGCGCGAGCGAUCCGGCCAACAAGGUGAAAAUAGAACACGGACGUCCAAUCGAAUCAUCCAAGUCCGGAUGCUGCUGAGAACUGUAAUCUCGUGUCCAAUCCAUCAGUUUAACCAAAAACAUCUAACGGUUGCGGUCCUUGGUAACUGCAAAAAUUUUAAAAAAAAGCUACACAAAAAAGGAUGUACAUGAAAAUUUUCAGUUCGCAUCGCAAAAGGAAGAAAACAAAAAAAAAUCUAACACUCACAUGGACCACCAACUCUUCCUCGGAGUUGUACAAAAACAAAAAGCAAAAAAAAAAAACAACGUCUCUCCUCGUCCGCCUACUCUUUUUCCCGUUUUUUUGUAGUUGUCUUUCUUUUCGAAGAAGACAGGAAAUGCGGUUACUCUCUCAACGCCAUUUUCUAGAUCAAGUUCGACCUUAGAUAAAUUCGUCGAAUGUUAUAUAGCGUUUAAAUAAAAAAAAAAACGGUGUCGAACGUGUGCGUAGGCGUGUGCGUAACAACACAAAGCGAUAUAACUCAUGUCUUUUAAGAGAAGAAGAAAAAAAACAAAGUAAAAUUGGGUAAUAUUGCGAUGAAUUAUAUUAUAAAGAUAAGCACUAUUUUUUUUUAGCCUAAUUAUAUAUGUACAAUGAAUUGUAUGUUUGGCUUUUGUAUCGCGCGAAAAGCCUUUCUAUUUCUCAAUGUCGUAUAAUCUUUGAAGUUGUUUCUAUAUGAUUUUUUUCUUAUCUUUUUUGUUUAAUUCUCUCUCUCUCUCUCUUUCUCUUUUUCUCUCCGUUUUCUCUCCGUUUUCUCUCCGCGAAUGUGCAAGUCUCUUUCGUAUUGUUCGUUCGCGUUCUUUAAUUUUCUUCGCAGCGCGGGACUCCGCGGGCGCGACAAAGUCGCUUUUUUUUUUUCCUCACAGCGCUCACUAGUGUAAUUUAAUAUGUAAUAACAUUUUAUUAAAAAAAAAAAAAAUAGAAUAUUUCUGAACACACACACAUACACUAACUCUCGGAACGCGUAGAACACACAGACGUUACUUCUGCGCAUCACGUAUACAAUGUAUAUGUAUAUUAAUGUUCUAUAUAAUGUGCGUACAUAUACACUGUAUUGAAAAAA